AUGACGUCCAAUAAAGGUAGAAGAGGAAGACCCAAAAGAACGAAUGGAACCAUACAGGAACCAAUAUCAACAACAACAACAACAACAACAACAACAACAACAAUAGCAACAAAUGAUCCAUUACCAACCACAGCAGUACAAGCCAGAUUUCCUGACUUGGACAUUAAGCAACCAUUGACAAUUAAAGAACCAGAAGACAUUCACGAAGAAGAACCACAUUCGCCCAUCUUUGUUACUCCUCCACGUACAUUUGAAGAUGAUUUCGAAGAGCAAGAAGAAACAGCAGUAGAUAAAGAAAAUCCUAAUGAGCAACAACAAAAAAAGGAUCACAGCAUACAAGAAAUAGAUUAUACUCGCCUACCCCAAGUUCACUUUACGAUUUCUGAAUUAGACGAAGCUCAUGAACAUGGCGACCCAUUGAUUUCCUGGACUUAUCAACGACCAAACCACUACAUUCAUUACAGUGAGCCUUCAGAACUAGAACUCUUUGAUACGGUUGAAUACGACAUGGACGAGGUCGACAAGGUCUGGCUCGACUUGUAUAAUCAAGAAAAGAGAAAAGAACAUAAAAUGGACAUUUCGUCGUACAUGUUUGAAUCCAUCAUGGACAGACUCGAAAAAGAAUGGUUCAACCUUAUCAAGACGAUCCCAAAGCCUGUUGUGGAAGAUGUCGUUCUUCCUGAAGAUUCAGCCUGUGCCGUGUGUGACGAUACAGAAGUGGAAAAUAGCAACGCUAUCGUCUUUUGCGACGGCUGUAACGUGGCCGUUCAUCAAGACUGCUACGGUAUUCCUUAUAUUCCAGAAGGUCAGUGGCUCUGUCGCAAGUGCCAGAUCUCGCCUGAUGCUCCUGUCUCUUGUAUAUUUUGUCCAAACCAAGGUGGUGCCUUCAAGCAGACUACGGACGGACAGUGGGCUCAUUUGCUAUGUGCGAUAUGGAUACCUGAAGCCAGGCUGAAAAACACAGUCUAUAUGGAGCCAAUAGAUUACUCAGACAUACCCAAGAGUCGAUGGAGGCUAACCUGCAUUCUCUGUCGAAAGCGUGGACCUUGUAUUCAAUGCAGUCGAAAGCAAUGUUAUUCUGCCUUUCACGUCACUUGCGCCAAGGCGGCAGGGCUGUCGAUGAAGAUGAAGCUGCAGACAGCAGAGCAUGAAGGCAUUGUCUUGGUCGCGUAUUGCGAUAAGCAUACAUUGAAGGAGACUGAGGAAAAUCCAAGCGAUGAUGAUGAAUAUGUCGAAAAUCAAAUUGUCGCGACCGUUCAGCGCGGACGAGGAAGAGGUCGUGGUCGUGGUAGAGGUCGGCCCAGUGGAAGGACAUCAGCACGAUCAUCUCUGGAUGGUAUAAUCACUAAAGCCAACCGAGUCCAUCAGCAUCAUUACUUUACAGGAGCACCCAUACCACCUGACAUGAUUUUGUCCAGAAUUGACAUGAUUCCUUGUCUCUUGACUUCACCUAUACGAAAAAAGAGCCAGCUUGUCACAGCCAUCGCUCAUUACUGGUCGUUGAAAAGAGAAGCCAGACGUGGUGCACCAUUGCUAAAACGAUUACAGCUUGAGCCUUGGUCUCCUUCAAAUAUUACUUCUCGAGUCAUAGACGAAGAUACAAUUGCGGCCAAGAUAUCAGUAAGUUUAUACUUUUUCAUUAAUGAGUUACGAGCCAAUUUGGAUAAAGCACGUAUGCUGACCGAACAAGUCCAGAGACGCGAACGAUUAAAACUCGAACGCACCAAGCGACAGAAAGAGUAUCUUGACAUGAUUCUCUAUCCUAUCGAGCACCUUGCCCGUCCUAUCCUAGGUCAACUCAUAGAGAUUGAUGCCAAUGACUUUUUUAUGAAUCCUGUUACGUCUGAAGAGGCACCUGAUUAUGCAUCUAUCAUCGAUAAGCCCAUGUAUUUUUCCAAAAUUCAAAGCAAGCUGGAUGCGCACGAGUACACACGUCUGGAUGAAUUCAAGGCCGACGUUGAAUUGAUUUGGGAGAAUUGUAUGACAUACAACACGCCCAGUAGUAAAUACUAUCGCGUCGCUUGUAAAUUGAAAAAA